AUGUCGGUGAUCAACUUCAUUCCCCUCGCGGUCGGCAGCCAUGCAAAUUUUGCAACGAAUAGCCGUAUCUCGCCCCGAACAUACCUUCAGUUUCACCAGUGGUUGGGUAUCAUCGCCAUCCUAGAGGGUCUGUUGCAUUCGAUCGCUCUUGCUUUUUCUGGUUGGGUGGGCGUUUCCCCCGUUGUUGGUGGAAUCACGUUGGUCGUCAUUUUCAUCACCAGUCGUGUAUCGGUCCAAAGACGGUUCUACGAGGUCUUUCUCAAGGCGCACGUCCUACUUGCUUUCAUUCUAGUGUCUGCUAUCUUCUACCAUGUCCGUCCUACUGUUGUUUACGCUCUGUCACCCAUUCUUGCCUGGCUGGUGAUGCGGCUGAUGCGAGCUGCGAACAUCCUACAUCGUCAAAUACGAGCUGGGGCACACGGCCAUGAAGCUACGAUCCUGGACCUUGGCGGGGCAUUUCUCGUCUGUGUCAAGCUCAGUCGACCGUGGGACUUUCAACCUGGUCAAUAUGUGUAUCUCACCCUCCCCAACCUCAGCAGGUCGUCACAGCUACACACUAGGUCCCGCUGGUCGUUGGUGGAAAGGUUCACAGAGCCCCUGCAAUCGCACCCUUUCAUGAUAGCUUGGUGGCACCGAAGCAGAGAUGAUUGCUCCCAAGGCGGCUAUCAACAGCCGGACACCGUUGUACUCAUUGUGGAAAAAUGCAAAGGGUUCAGCGAGAAGCUGGCCCGUGGGAGUGCCGGUGAUAUUGUGAAUGUGAAAGAAAGACUCCAGAUUCAUACGUGGUCAAAAGAACGUUCUACGGAAGAGUCUCCUGCACCGGAACCGGUGGCCGCCGGUUUCCCGGAUAUCACCUGCUGGUGUUCUCAAGUCGAAUCGACCUCUGGUCAGAUUGCAAUCAUUGAGGGGCCGUACGGCCGCAGCCUAGAUCUAGGCAUGUAUGACCGUGUCCUGUUAUUUGCCACGGGGGUUGGAGUUGCCGCGCAAAUUCCGUACUUGAAGAAGAUGUUGGAGGACUUUCCAGAACGUCGGCGGCCGCAACGGAUUGCGCUUUAUUGGGAGACCAUAGAUUCAAAUCAGGUCGGCUGGGCUCUUGAUUGGAUUUCACGACUUCUCGCUAUGGACGAGAGAGAUCACCUUCUCAUUCAAAUAUUCUUAAAAGAUGGCUCCUCAUCUCAGGAUGGGAAAAAACUCAAAUGCAUCACGAGGACCUUUGAUGAAAAGAUGGUGGCAGAGGAGAUUCAAAGCCACAGUGGCCCAUGUGUGCGUGAAGAUGUUGGAGACAUGAUUCAGAAGGUCAUCUUACAAAGUCUACGACCGGAUAUACACUUUCGAGAGCUCAGUUUUCGCCCGUCAACCUAG